CCUGUCACCUAGCAACCGAAAAAAAAAGACAAACAAGCAGCAGCGCUUUUCAGCAGAGAGCAUUAGCAGCCUAAAAUAUCAGGGGGAAAAUUUUGCACUUCAGAACGAGAAUAGCGGCCAAAGCGCGAGGCCAUGAGCCAGCACCAGCAUGGACAUACCGGAGUCUGUAUCUGUGCGCAAGUUCCGCGACUUUACGGCGCGCCAGAAGCAGGAGCUGUACGAGACGCUGCUAGAGCUGGCCGAGACGCUCGAGGAGCUGCCCAGAAAGUCCUUACGCAAGACACUAGAAUUGACGCUGGCCGUUCUGGAGUACAAGGGCGAGCAGGCGGCCCAGCGGCUGGAACAAGGCGGUGCCGCUGGCGGCCGCCUCCAGGGCGAGAACGAAAAGCUCAAGCGGAUGCUGCAAAGGCUGGAGGAUGAACGCGAUGGCCUGAAAAACAAGACAAAGGAGUUGGGGGAGGAAAUCCGGCAUCUGGAGCUGCGUCUCAGGGAGGCCGCCCAGCAAGCGGAGGCCAGCGACAAGGACUCCUCCGAUCCGCUUUCCGAGUUGGACAAACAGAAUGCACUGCUGCAGAACAUCGACACCAAGAACAAGCACAUCAAGCGGCUGCUAAAAGAGAUUGAGACGCUCCAGAACCAGAACAUUAGCCAAUCCAAAACGAUAGUCGUCCAGGAGCGAGAGCUCCAGAACAUCAAGGCCAAUCUGCUGCAGCUGAGUGAGGACAUCACAGAAGUGGAGCAGGAGCGCAAAUCCCUCAGGGAAAAGGAGCAAAAGCAGUGCCUGGAGAUCACACGACUCGACGGCAAUGUCACCUUCCUCGAAUUGGAUCGCGAGAAGCAUAAUGUGGAGAUGCGUCAGUUCCUGGACAAGUACGAGAUCAAGUGCAUCAGCUGGAAGAAACUUCUGCAGGACAAAGACAAGGAGGUGGAGCGGCUGACGAAACUGUUGGCCACGGGCAAGAACACGCUCCUUGCCAGCCCAAAGAUCAGCCACAGCAAGCCGGAUGAGGAGCAAAUGCAGCUGCGAAAUAUCCUUGAGACCCGCGAGAAGCACAUUGAAAAGCUGGAAGCAAGGCUCAAGUCCAUGGCCGAAGAAAUGAUUAGCACCACGAAGGUGAUGAAGCAGCUUAGCGCAGAACAAGAGCGCUCCCAGAAUCCCGAACUGCCGCGUGCCUGCUGCCAGAUGAUCGAGGAACGCCUUGCGGUGACGCAAGCCCGUGGCCAACAGCUCUCCGAGAUGCUAGACGCCUCCGAACAGGACAAUCUGGUGAAGUCAAAGCAGGCAAUGCAUGCCUUGAGUGCCCUCGAAUCGUACAAGCGUGGAGAGGAUGGCCUUGUGCCGGCCCUGCGUCGCUGCUCGGCCCUCGAACAGAAACUGGCGGAGCGCGAAAAGCAGCUGCGAACCUAUGUCCAGGAGCUCAAUUCCCUCAACGAAGUGGUGCAGGAGAACGAGCUGUUGCGUCGUCGACUGAACAUACCCGAGGACGUGGUCAUGCUGGCCAAGAAUACGCGCUCCAAGCAGCGCAACAAGGACAAGCAGAUCGAGAGACUGACGCUGAAGCUGCGCACCUCAGAGGAGCUGCGUCUGCAGCUGAAGCUGGAAAAGAGCGAGCUCAGGCGAAAGCUAUCGGAGCUACAAAGCGGAGAGCAACCUGCGCUGGAUGAUUCCCUGCCACAGCCAGCCAGUGAGGUGGGGGAAGUUCCCUCGCGUACGCCCCUGGAGAAAUCGCCACGACGCGGACAGGGAGACGGUGCAGCCAGCACGGAGAUGCAGAGCAGAUACGAUGAAGUUCUGGCCGAGAACGAAACGCUGCGCAUGGGCAUGUACGAGAUCCUGGAGAAGCUGCGCGAGUACGAUGCCACUUCCGAGCAUAUAACCAUCGAUUCGGAACUGCUGCGACGCCUCAUUGAAGCUCUGCCCAGUGGCACAUCCACGCCCCAACGUUUGCAGGGUCAGCUGUUGGAGCUAAAGGCACGCGAGGAGGCACUGCGUGAGUUGCUGCUGAUGCACAAUGGCAGCGACUCGGAAACGGGAGAGCUAUCCACAGUCCAAAGUUUAUGCGAUGUCCCAGAGAUGCCCGAGGAGGAGCACCAGGAGGAGGCUCUUCCAGUUAUCAACACUGCCACACGUCCCAGCACGCCCACAGAGGCAACCAUUGGACUCCAACGUCCCAUCAUCACGGACAUGGAAGAGGUUGCUGCCAAGUCAGAGCAGCUGCUGGAACUCUCCCUGCUGCGCAAGCAUUACGAAGAGCUGCGCCUUCACAUGUCCGCCGACGGCAACCAGCUGCUGAACCACAAUCAGCAGCUGCAUGAGCAAUUGCUCAGCCUGGAGCUACAGCUGGAGAAGAAUAGCAGUUCCUAUGGUUACAUGCGACAGGAAUACGAUCAACUACUCACUGAAACACGACGGCAGGAGCUGCGUUUCAUCGAACAUAAGUCCGAACUGCUGCGGCAACUGGAUAAAACACAGGCCGAAUUAGCCGCCUGCCGGGAUCAAUUGGAUGAUGUGCAUCGCCGCCACUUGUACACAGCCGAGGAGUACCAGCAGCUGGAGCAACGGAAUGCCAUUCUGUGCAUGCAGCUGGGCCAGGCGACGGAGCAGCUGCUGGGCGAAUUAAAGCUGCCAGACAUCUGCGCGGAGUAUGGCAUAAUUGGGGACAACUAUCAACUGGACCACGUGACAGCCAAGGAGUACGAAGAGCAGCGGCAGGAACUGGCCACCUGGCGUUGCAAGCAAGCGGAACUGCAGCGGGAGACAAAGCAACUGGAAGGUCUCCUAUCCGUGGCCAAUGGGCAGAUACAUUCGCAGCAAAAACUUCUGAAUGAUAUCACCGACAAUCAUAUCAGUCUGCGCCAUUUGGUGGCCGAUUUCCAGAGCAGCUCCAACGAAAAGCUAAUGCUGGCCAAAGUCCAAAGAGAUUUAGAUAGCGUCAAAGCAGAGGUCUCCCGCUUGGAGGCAGAGCGAGAGCAAAUCCAGCUAAGGGCAGACAGGCUGCAAUCGCAACUGGCAGCCACUGAGCGUUCGUUGGCGCAGGCACAACAAGACUGCCAACAAGAGCGCAGCAAUAGUGACAUCAAACAAAAAUUCCUACAGCAUUCGUUGUUUGCACUGAAAGAGAAAUAUGCUAAAUUUACACCAUUGAUCUUCCUCACCAACUUUGUGUUUGCCUACCAUAAGUUCCAGCGGCGUUUGGAGGAGCACCAGCAGCAGCAGAAGGUAGACCACACAGCAGUUAUCCAAGAGGUCCUAGAGGCAGUGCAAUCGAAGGUUAAGCCCCACGAGGACAGCGCCCAGCAGCUGAUUAAGCUUAUCAAGUCUGAAACCCAAGCGAGACUCCUUGAACAGCGUUGCGAGAGCCAGCAAACUAAGCUGGAGGAGCUUCAGCGUGAGCUGUCUGAGCUGAGAGAGCGCCAGGCCACUGAUUCGGAGCACUGGCAGACCAUACAGGCACUGUUUGGGGGGCAGGACACGGGAGAGACGACUUCCUGCGCCACAGUGGAUGCUGCAACGAAUACGGAGACAAAGGAUCCAGCAGCAAAUACGGAAGCAGCUAUGGCACCCGUGCCAGCCCUGCGAAGGACAGCCCAGCUGAUAGACAGGCAAUCCUCACCCAUUGGCUCGCCAUUCAGAUGCCAACCGCACUCUGACACGUCCACCCAAACACAGGAGGAGUCUGUGAAGCUGCUGGAGACAGCAGUCCAGACGAAUGGCAUACUCAGGCAGCAAAAUCAAUCGGUUCAAACAGCAGGGGAGAGUAGUAGGGGCUCUCGUGAGGAUCUGUUGCAAAUGCAAGCGUCACUCCUGGAGGCAAACGAACGCUGCGAGCUGCUGCGCAAGCAAUUGGAGGCAUAUAGGGCGGAGAGCCGCGAGUCCGAAAGUCCCCACAGCGGUGUGGUGGAGAAGACCAUUCUUUCGUUCCACACUCUGCUCCUGGAAAAGGAUCAGUCCAUUCAGAAAUACCAGGAUCUGCUACAGACGGAGCGGGAACAGAACCAGCAGCUGAUCAGCAGACAGACAGCCGACAACGAAUCCCUCAGGGCCACAGUAAACCAUCUGAACUUCAACAUUAAGGCAAAGGAUGUGGAGCUGCAGGAGCUGCGAAAAAAGCUGGAGCAGAGGCCCAACCAGCCAGUGGCAGCAGCUGCCGUGCAUAGUGCAGAGCCCUCGAUCCAUGACAUUACGGACGAGAAAAUCGAAGAAAUGUUCGAGCACAGCAGCUCCCCAGAGAGGCCAGUGGCGGAGGAAGCCACCGACGAAGAAGACGAGGUGGAGGUUGCGGAAGUAGCAGACGACGAGCCAGAAGGAGAGCAGGAGAAACAGGACACCGAGGAGCUCAAGGAACUACCGACUCUACACAAGCAGAUCAAGGAGCUAAAGGACAAGCUGGAGUACAUCCAAAAGAGUCUGAAAACAAAAGAAGAGGAAGUGGAAAUAUUAAAGGAGAAAUUAAAACUCUUCCAGGAUCGCGAAAAGUCCAUGGAGACGCAAGCAAGUCCCGAAAUCGAUCAGUUACGCGGCUUCCUGGAGGAGAAGGAUAAGCACAUAAAAGAUCUAAUGGAUACACUGAAAAACUUCCAUGACGAUCAGCAAAGGUACAUCAAUGACACUUCGAACUACUCGGAGGAGCAGAUUGGCAAGCUGGCUGCCGAUCUCAAUCGGACAGAGGCCACCAACAAGAUCUACCACACGCAAAUGGAGGCACUGCGCCGACAGCUUACGAAUCUCACGCAGCGCGAGAAGCAGGCCCGAGAACUCACCCAGUCGCUGCGCCAGCAGCUGCUCAAGCGGCCAGUGGUCUCCAUUAAGACGGAGCUCAAUGCGCGAGUGAAGAACGAGAACCAGCAAAAGCGCAUCCAGCAGCUGGAAACGGAGCUGGAAGAUACUCGCGACCAACUGCAGCGCCAGCAAAGGGUGCUGGAAGCGAAGCGUACUCGAACCGCCAACGAGGUGGGCCUCUGGGAAAAGCAAAAGCGCUGGCAGCAACAGGCCGACAAGUACAAGGCGAAGCUGGACGAAACGGAGAUGGCGCUGGACAAGACGCGAGCCCUGUUGCAGGCGGCGCGCACCACGAUUGCCAGGCUGGAGAAGGACAAGCAUCUGCUUGAGACCAAAGUGGCGCGCGGAGGAGCAACCACUGCUCCGAAUAAUCCUCUCAAGUGCUGUCGAACUCCUUCCUGUCCCAAUCUGCAGCACGUGGGCGUGAACAAGUUCUCGUGUUCUCCGUCGGAGAGCCCCGAGACAUACACGGGUCCCAGCAGCGAGUGCAGUUCGCCAGCUCAUCAUACGCAGCCACGGGGUAACCACGACUUCUACGACAGGAGCCAGAGCCAGUUGGACCUUAUCGAGGCCCUGAAGAACCGCAUUGAGCUUCAGCAGCGCAAGAUUAUUGCCAUGGAACUGGAGGGGCGAGGCAGUAACGCCCUCACCACCGAAUUGGAGAAACUUCAGGAGCGGUUCCAGGGAGUAGAGGCUCAGAACAUACGGAUGGAGGCAAAGAAUCUCCAACUGCAGCUGGAAUCGGAUCUUCUGCGGCAGAACGACAGCAGCGAUAGAUUGCAGAAGCGCAUCAAACACUUGGAGGAUUACAUUAUCGCCCUCAAGGAGGAAAUGGCACGGAACGAGUCGCGUCGGGAGCUCUGCAAGUGCAGUGGCCUUAAGUUGAAUACCCAACAGGGCCAGUCGGCAGAGCACACGAUUCUCUCGUUGCGCAAUCUCGUGGAAAAGCUGCGAUCUGAGAACAAAUUCCUUAAGGACGGAAGACGUUCGACCGAUUCACGUAGCUCAACAGAGUCUUCGGCCGCACCAGAUUUGGCACAGUUGCAGCAGCAGCAUGCGGCGUCCCUGAAGAAGAUUGCAAGCCUUGAGCAAGAGCUUCAGAGGCGGACCAAGUGUAGCCAAUGCGGCGGACGCAGUAAGGACGCCACCAACGGGGAACUAAAAUUCAUCAAAGAACAACUUACGAAGAAGACGCAACUGCUGCAAAAGGCCAAAAUUUUGCUUACGCGAGCAGCCGCCAAAGAAAAGGUGCUGCGGGAACAGCUCGCACAGUGGAAGCGCAAAUGCUCCGAGCUGGCGAAUGUGCCCGUCAUCGAUGAGAUUAGCGAAUAAUUAACGUCGUAUAAGUUGAAUGUUGUAUAUACAGCGAAAAAUAAAAUCCAAAAUCCUUUCCAAUCUUC